GAGAGUUCAGUGUUUCAGCACCCAGCAGCUUCAGUGCAGGUAGAGCGUUUCAGACUUGGUCAAAACAAAGUGAAGCUGCAGCAAACAGAAAAAGCUUCACCUGUGAACGAUUAGAAAGGUUUCACCGGCAGAGCGAGGGCUGAGCGGCGGCCAGACCGGCGGCCGGACCGGACGGGAUGCUGUGAGGAAGAACGCCAAGCGAUGGAGCUGAAAGACGGAGGCAGGAGGCCGCAGAUGCUCAGAAUGGACGACCAGGACAGAGUGAGCCAAGCGUCCAGUGUGGCUACAAUUUCUUACUUUCCUGUCAUGAAGGAAAGUGAUGGGAAGGUGCAAACGUUUGGGAAAAGAUGUCAGGCUGCUAAAAGAGACCCCAACUGUCCCGUGGUCAUCAGGGGCUGGCUCAACAAAAAGGACAGCUCUGGUCUGAAGCUGUGGAAGAGACGGUGGUUUGUUCUCUCCAACUACUGUCUGUAUUACUACAAAGACAGCAGAGAAGAAACCGUGUUGGGAAGCAUCCCGCUGCCCAGCUACAAAAUCCUGUUCUGCACGCCGCGAGAAUGCAAGAACAGGAAGUUCACCUUCAAGGUGGUGCACCAGGGAAUGCGAUCAUAUUUCUUCAGCGCUGACACUCAGGAGGACAUGUUGGGUUGGGUUCGAGCCCUGAGCCAAUCAGCUACGAUGGAGCCAGACAGCACCAUGAACAGGCGUUGCUCCAGUUAUCAAGAUUUCACGCAGCUUGGUGGCAGCAGUGAGUCCAUGGACUUCCCCAGAUCGCCCACGGAGGAGGAGGAGAGUCCGGCGCAAAAACACAAGCAUGUCAGCAGAACCCUGAGCGAACCGGGUCAGCUGAGCCGGAGGGUGGGGAGGUCACAGUCAGAGCACCGGGGCCGACGGAGCGUGCAUCACCGGAACAGCCCGUCGAACCGAACCCCCAGCCCCCCCGAUCCAAUCAGGAGAAGAACUGCUUCAAACAGGGAGGACGACGCUUGCGAUGAAACCUCAGCCAUCGUGGGGUCAGGCUCUUUGGGCUCCAGGGGACAGCUGGGCUCCCGACCCCACACCCCAGUGGGAAGGGUCGACAUUCGACCCCACGAUGACCCCCUCACUGUGUACUACACUCCUGCCUCCCCUAAGCUGGAGUUCAAGUCUGCUCCCACCACCCCGGUCACAGAGAGGUGGCAAAACCUCAGCAAGCCUGCAGCCGUUUACGGUUCUGUUCAUCACACAGCCAGUGGGAGAAGACCUUUAGCAAAGAGCCACUCCACGGGGGCAGAUUUACUGCCUCCUUUACCCCCUGCAGCGAGGGCAGCGCAUGCUUCCAAGCCCUCAAAACCGCGUCAGCUUCACCUGCCUGUCUCUGCGCUUCCGCCAGCGCUGGUGUCUAAAUCUGACCAGAGGGAUUUGCAACCAGUACGACCUCUUGAAAGUGAUGCAGAUGCCGUAUUGACGCGUCUGUGUGGGUGUGACAAGCUGCUGCAGUCUCUGUCUGUGGAGCUCACCCAGCUACAGAGGGACAAGGACAGCGUCCAGUGUGCGCUGGAAGUGUCCAGGCUCCAGGUGGAGGAGUGGAGGACCCAGGGGCCCCGGGCCCUGGAGGAGGCGCUGACCCAGAAGGCUUUGCUGCAGGAGGAGUUGGUUACAAUCCGGGCCAGAGUGUGCGACGUCUCACUGGAAAUGGAGCGAGUGUGGAGUCAGUAUGAGAGGAUGGAGAGCGAGUUGUCUGUAAUCCGUUCGCACCUUCAACACAUCUCCAACUUUGGAAUACCGCAGGAGCAGUGUCAGGCUCAGAGGGAGCUGUGGAUGAUGGAGGACAUCCUCGACGGGCUGAACGUCAAUCGGGAUUAUUUCUGUUUCCUGCUGGGACUUCAGACACAUCACAUGUUCCAGUUUUUGCCUGCUGGACCUCCUGGACCUCCUGGACCUCCUGGGCCUCCUGCUUCCCCCCCAGAAGGGCUUCCAGUCGGACUGCCACCAGAUUUGGAAGAAGAGCCUCCGCUUCGCCCUCCGUUACCCCUGGAGCUUCAGGAGAGCCACCGUGCUCAGGACCUGGGCCAUGUGUGGCCAGAGUCACCGUACGAGGGAAUCUACGAGCAUCCUGCUGAUCCUGCCGACAGAAGUGGAAACAGCCAGCCUGACCUCCUUAACGUGAAAGCACAGAGAGAUGCAACCGAAUCUCAGUCUGGUUCAAAGUGGAUCCCAGCAGAAACAGCCAGCCAGCCAACAAAGAAGAUGAAAAUGAAGAUGAGUGAAGCAGAGCAGAUUGAGAGGAUGAAAAGAAAUCAGGAGAGAUUGGCGAAUAAGAGGAAACCUCCAGUGGCGACUCCAGGACCCCAGGAUCAGAGUCCAGACACAAGACAGGAGGCCCCGUUUCCCUUGAGGGUGACCCGCGUUGUCACAGCUGUGCUGCCCUCGUCGCUCGUAGCCAGAAGAGUUUCCAUCGAGGAUCCCCCAGCUGAGCUCGACGCUCCGCUGCCCGAACAAAUCCUGCCGGAAACACAGCAAAAGCAGACGGAACCGAGCAGAAAGCCCCUGAGCAAACCUGCCAGGCGGCUGCUUACGGAGAGCCCCGACGCAAACCAGGCUGUCGGCGAGCCGCACCAGGAUCAAACUGCAAAAAAGGCCAGCAGAAAACACCCGCCGGCGUCCAGGGGCCCCAGAAUGGAGCCACUUCUAGAAGUGAGCAGAGGCGAAGGAUCAGAGAGCCCGAGGAGUGAAGCGCAACACCUGAUGGGGUCAGGAAGAGGUCAAGGCAGCGCAGACGUCAAGGCAGCUGAAGAGCCGUCGGCUGCUGACUUCGACCUGAAUCCUGGUGUGAGCUCUGAGCAGCGAAAAGCCAAACUCCGACGAGUCGAACGGAUACGAGAAAGAGUGAUGAGAAGCGCAGCCAGAGAAAGUUCUACGACAGACAAUCAGCGUCCAAUCAGGAGAGAGAGGAAGGAAGUUCACCGGGCUCCCUCUGACUCGGCUGAAGGAAAAUGGCCAACAGCAGAAAGUCUUGGCUGUCUUGAUGACUUCAGCAGAUCAGGAGAUCUGCAAGGUGCAACGUCUCAGGGCUGCGAUGAAGUUAAAUCUAAAAGUCAGGUCCAGACUGAGAACAGAGCACAGCACAGUGGGAGAGCAGAGGUUGCCAACAAUAAGAGCAAACGCUCACCGUCUCCCUAUCACAUCUCAUCCAUGACCGUCUACCAAAACGACGGAGGCAAAGGAUUCAUGAGCUUCAACGAUGAAGAGCAGGAAAACCCGGAAGGACUCACUGCAGAAGAUAAAGAGGAAAAACUGAAAUCUUCCCACCUGAGAACAAAAUGGUUCCUGUCGACCAACCAGUGGCAGGGGUUCAUCCCACUGCAGAUGGAGCCGCUGUCCAUCGAGGAGAACGAGGAAACCGACACCCGGCCGGGCUCUGAUGACGCCAACGACCUCAGCCAGAUGUCGGCGGCGGUGAGCGAAAGCCUGCAGAAGAUGAAGGAGAACCACUCGCUCUUCUAUAAGAUCGCCUGCGACAUCAGCAUCUCAGACUCAGACAUAAAGAGCGACGAUCAAACGUCCUCCAGACCAGAGGACGAAGAAGUUUUGGUCAUCGAAGAAACGGCGAGGGCCGGUGACGUUGGGACGCCGUCUCACUCAGAGAGUUUGGACGGAAGAGGUGCAACAUCUGAAAAGAAAUCUCUGGAGUUCACGACAGAAAUGCAGGACAAGACUCUGGUGGACACAACAUGUGAUCCAGCAGAGCAAUUAGGGCAGGAAGAUGAAGCAAAAGUUUCAGAAACGGGAGGUUUUGUCCAGGGGACGGAUUCCACUCAGGCACUGCAUGGACACACAGCGACAGAAGAGAAACACUGUGUGAAGAAAGAGUCAGAAGAUCUGAACACAAACCAGGACAGAUGUGAGGAAAUAAAGAAACGUUCCAAAGGAAGUAAAGAGAAGAAGACGGAUGAGGAAGACCGAGGAAAUAGACGCUCCAUCGGGGCAUCGAACGCUGACUGUGAUGGAGGAAGAAUCAUCCAGAGCGCGACCUUUGGAAAGCCGAGGGUCACCGUCCUCAGGACGAGUUUGUAGAUCCAAGAAAAGACGCCGUCCCAUUCUAACCAAAACUUCAUGACACUUUAUUUGGAUUUCAUAUGAUAGACCAAAUCAAAAGAGGGUAUAAGUAUAAUUUGACAAACAUAAUCUGAAAAUCUGACCCCAGAAACUUUUGGUACCUCUGGAAAACCUGCAAAGGUCCAGAGCAGAGAAAAGCCACAGGAAGUCCAACAUCCGUUUGCUACUAAACAAAAUGCUAUGAGGGGCUAAACACUAAC